CUCGCAGCGCACACACACCGCCGCCCAGCAUAACGUCCACGUCCAGCGAAUCCGCCAGUGUUCCAAGCAAGUGCUUUAGUGUCGCGAGAGAGCCUUGUACCCAGUCCACCGAAACAUCGAAAGAACCAACGAAAUGUCGACUAUUAACCUGCACCCCCCGCAAACCUACUCGCGGCUGUUCCGUCCCUGGGACUCACAGCGCCAGUCAGCCGCCUCAGCGCCCAGGACGGUCAAGCAGGAGAAGGAGCAGGAGCGGGAGCGGGAGCCCGAGAGCAUCACAAUCAAGACGGAGUUGACCAGCAACGGUUUUGCCCACGACUCCGACCGGGACUUCUCGUCCGCAUCCUCCUCCUCGUCGAGCAGCAGCAACAGCAGCAAGUCCUGCUACGAGGACGCCCUAAACCACAGCAGCUACAUCCGCACCUCCACGCCCCACCCCGUCUUCAACCAGCCCCUCCCGUCGCCCUCGGACCUGCCCACCCCCAGCUGCGUGUCCUUGGCCCCGCCGCAGCAGCACGCUCCGUUCCUGCCGGCCGCCAGCGAGCUCUACUAUGCCGCCGCAGCAGCCGCCGCUGCCGCCGGCACGCCCACCUCCGCCCCCGGCUUCGGCAUGGACCCCUUCACGCUGGGCCUGAUGGAGCAGGAGUACGCCCGCGUCAUGGCCGAGGAUGCCCAGCUAAAGGCGCUCAACGCGCGCAAGCAACGCCCCAAGAAGUUCAAGUGUCCCCACUGCGACGUGGCCUUCUCCAACAACGGCCAACUGAAGGGCCACAUCCGCAUCCACACCGGCGAACGCCCCUUCAAGUGCGACGUGGACACCUGUGGCAAGACCUUCACGCGCAACGAGGAGCUGACGCGCCACAAGCGCAUCCACACCGGACUGCGGCCGUAUCCUUGCAGCGCCUGCGGGAAGAAGUUCGGCCGUCGCGACCACCUCAAGAAGCACAUGAAGACGCAUAUGCCGCAGGAGCGCCAGCUGGGCCCGGCCAUCUUCGUGCCCAUGUACCCCUAUCUGUAUGGGUACUGAGCGGGUGAAGGCGAAUCCUCGCCGUCCCGUCCUCCAGCGAUCUGUGAAGCGCUUGCACGCUUUAAACGAGCUCACCUGCGAGUCCUGCAACGAAACUCAAUGCCGGCCAAUACUCUAUAGCCAAUCUUGGACAGAACUACCUCAGCCGUACCUGGCGCAAUAUGGCGCACUCAGCAACCUCAAUCAACGCUAGCAAUCCCUGAGACCCUCGACGAUAUAUGCAAAUAUUGAGAUAUUUAUUUUUUAACGCAUAUUUACACUUCCAGCUACGUGACUAGUUAUGAGCGCACAAAAACCCCGCACAUGUGUAAAUACCUCCUUAAGUGAUCCUUUCUCAUAUGCUAAGCGAUUAAGAGAUUUAAGAGAUACCAGAUUUGUACGUAUGUACGCAUACAAACAGUCUAUAUUAUAAGUAAGCUGAUAUUUUACCAGUUUUAUAAGCUGAACGCGGUUACUAGAAAUAUACGAUUUAUACCUAAAUACUAUACGAUCAUAGUUAAAUAUUGAGAGUUGCAUUAUACGAUUUAUGUUUACACCAGAAAAAAUACAAAUACUAUA